AUGACACGAUUGGAGUCGAGGCUGAAGGUGAUAGAGGUGGAGGCCCGGUGGCUAGUCAUGACGGUUAUGAUGGAGGUGUGGUGGGACCUGGAGAUGCUCAUCGUAAUGGUGGACCUGGAGGCACAACAUGUUUGGGUGAUUCACGGUGGGCCACUAGGUGAGGUUGCGGUGGUGUGCGGAAACAUGGGUAGGGGUCGUCACAGAUUAAAGGGUGGUGCAGUGGUGGUUGGAGCGCGGAGAAUCGCACGACAAGGGUGGUUCCCGACUAGUGCGAUGGUGGCUGGGCUGGGGGAUGUCGAAGUGGUGGCUCAGGUGGAGGAGAGGAAGUUAAGAUUUGGGGGGAGGUUGGGACGCUGGUUGAGACACGGGGGUGCGGUGGAUGUUGGUUGUGGCUUGGUGGGGUGGAGCAGAGAUUUGGAGCUAGUGAUUUGUGGUAGGGGGGAGAUGGGAUUUGGUGAGGCUUGGUGGUAUAGAUUCGUGGCGCAGUGGCUAUUUGGGGCACAGAGGAGGCGAGGAAAGAGUUUUGCGACCGUGGUUUGGGUUGUUGAAUAUGCCGUGUGUGGAAAUGAUUUUGUGGAUUUGUGUAGUUGGGUGUUUCUAGGGUUUAUGUUGUUGGUGUUACCUUUUCGAAUUUACGUUUCUGCGUAUGAUGUUGGUCGGUCUCCUUUGGAAAUGCGCUUAUGCCUUGCUGAGGAGCCGAUAGUGUUGUGGAGGUUUCACUAUAGUCCUGUCUUGUUUACUGAAUUUGGAACCACUGGAUGCAUUUUGCUGCUUCAAACUUGCUUGGAUCACUAUGGUUAUGCCAGAAGAGAUACGAAAGAUAUGCAGCAUGAGCCAAUUCUUGAGGCAGUCAUUAAAUACCUCUUGGAGAAACCAAACUUCAGUACAGUGUUUUCAGAGUCGAUGAAGAAUAUGGAAAUUAAUGAAAGCUUUUUAGGAAUUUUUUGCAACGUAUUGCAGUUAUCUUUAUUAGAAAAAAUUAUCAUCAGUCUUGCUUUAUCUGAUUCCGAGAAUCCUGAUUUCAGGCUGUGUGUGUUUACAUAUUUUUGUAAUAUUGAGGAGUUGUGUGCCAACCCUGGUUCUUUGAGUUUCCAUGACCAAAUUCACAACAUUAUCAUGUUCCUAAAGCAGUCUGAGGGUCUUUCCAAGCACGUGGAUUCCUUUAUGCAGAUAUUAUCACUUGUGCAGUUCAAAGACACACCACCUUUUGUCUUGACUCCUUUGCUUCCUGAUGAGAUGCAUGAGGCUGAUUUUUUAAGGAAUAUGGAGUUGUUCCACGACUGCGGAGAAAAUGAUUUUGAUGCUAUUUUGGCAGACAUACAGAAGGAAAUGGACAUGGGUGAUAUUGUGAAGGAGCUAGGCUAUGGAUGCACUGUUGAUGUCUCACAGUGCAAGGAAAUAUUUUCACUCUUCUUACCAUUAACUGAACAAACAUUGUCUAAAUUACUUGGUGCUAUUGCUUGUACCCAUACUGGGUUGGAGGACAACCAAAACACAUACUUAAGUUUUCGUGCAGCCCAUGGGUACAACGUGUCUGAGUUGCCACCACUGAACUCUUGGAAUAUUGAUGUCUUGAUUGAUACAGUCAAGCACCUUGCACCUCAUACCAAUUGGGUACAGGUCAUUGAAAAUCUUGAUCAUGAAGGGUUUUUCCUUCCUAGUGAAGAAGCAUUCUCUUUUCUCAUGUCUGUUUAUAAACAUUUCUGUAAGGAACCAUUUCCUCUCCAUGCCAUCUGUGGUUCCGUUUGGAAGAAUACUGAGGGUCAGUUGUCUUUCCUUAAAUAUGCUGUAUCAGCGCCACCAGAAAUGUUUACCUUUGCUCACUCAGGAAGACAGCUGGCAUAUGCUGAUGCAAUUAAUGGCCACAAGCUUCAAAAUGGACAUGCAAAUCAUGCAUGGCUGUGUCUUGACCUUUUAGACGUACUCUGCCAGCUAGCUGAGAAGGGUCAUGCUAGUAUUGUUCAAUCAGUCCUUGAUUAUCCGCUUAAACACUGUCCUGAAAUCUUGCUUCUUGGGAUGGCACAUAUUAAUACUGCCUACAACCUCUUGCAGCAGGAAGUAUCUCUAAUUGUUUUUCCCAUGAUAGUAAAAAGUUCUGUAGGCAGUGGGAUGAUUCUACACCUUUGGCAUGUUAAUCCGAAUUUGGUCUUUAGAGGGAUUAUUGAUUCUCAAAACAAUGAUGCAGACAGCAUUAUAAGAAUUGUAGACAUCUGCCAGGAACUAAAGAUUCUAUCAUCUGUGGUGGAAAUCAUUCCUUCUUAUUAUAGUAUAAGGUUAGCAGCUGUUGCAUCAAGAAAAGAAUUCCUUGACCUUGAAAAGUGGUUGAGUAGCAACUUAAUUACGUACAAGGAAACCUUUUUUGAGGAGUGUCUCAAGUUCGUAAAGGAUGCCCAUUUUGGUGGAUCACAGAACCUUUCUGGCAAAUCUUUUCAUCCAUCUGGUGCUGUUCUGAGUCUAUAUGCUGACACCACUGCUACUGUCUUGAAGGUUCUUAAAUCUCAUAAUGACUUGGUUGCCACUAGACAACUAUCAGAGGAGAUGGAGAGGCUGCAUAUAUCUAUUAUAGAUUCAAAUUCAAGGCUUCAGAAUAGUGGGACAGUUGAUUCAUCUACUUCAGAUGGAUAUGCAGAUGAUAUUGAAGCAGAAGCAAACUCUUACUUCCAUCAAAUGUUUUCGGAUCAGUUAACCAUUAAUGCAAUGGUACAAAUGCUUGCUCGAUUCAAAGAAUCUUCAGUGAAGAGGGAGAAAUCAAUUUUUGAAUGCAUGAUUGCAAACUUGUUUGAGGAGUAUAGAUUUUUUCCAAAGUAUCCUGAAAGGCAACUCAAAAUUGCUGCAGUUCUCUUUGGUUCUGUUAUUAAGCAUCAGCUUGUAACUCAUCUAUCUUUGGGGAUUGCGCUUCGUUAUGUCCUUGAUGCAUUGCGCAAGCCCGCAGAUUCAAAAAUGUUUUUAUUUGGAAGUCUGGCAUUGGAGCAGUUUGUGGAUCGCCUUAUAGAGUGGCCUCAGUAUUGCAACCAUAUUCUUCAAAUUUCCCACUUGCGCAAUACACAUUCAGAAAUAGUUGCUUUCAUUGAGCAGGCUCUAGCCAGGAUUUCCUCUGGUCAUGCAGAUGUUGAUGGGGCAAGUCAUACUUCUGUUAUUAGUAACCAUCAUUCUGCACAGGCUACAUUAGGUCAUGUAGAGGCAGUGCAGUUGCGCAUGGAUAGUCAGUUAUAA